ACGACCCAGAGAACCGAAGCGGGCCGGACACCGAACCGACUCGACGUGGAACCCCGACCGUUCCUCAAUUUACUCGUCGGCAGUUCCCGCCACGACCAUUCCGAGACGCUGUCGUUCCCCUGCGUCUUCUAUAGGUCUGGGGCUCUGUUCUGACGCCGUCCAUCCGCCACUUUCGGGUUCCAAGUGGAGCCUGUGUAUAUAAAACAUAAGCUACAUGCUGGUUCUUCCUCUGAUCUCUUGACUUGUAACUUGCUGAGCUCUUUUCUUUCCUUACUGCAGCCCGUAUAUAUAAAACAUACGCUACAUGCUGGUCAUGCUAUAGUAACUGUGCUGUUUGGGAAUGAGUAAAUGAUUAUUGCAACUGAUUAUAUUUACUGCAAUGGAGGACACAAUUAACACUCUCCGAGUGCUCAUUGCCACUGAUUGCCACCUAGGUUAUAUGGAGAAAGAUGAAAUACGUAGGUUUGACUCAUUUCAGGCAUUUGAAGAAAUUUGCUCUAUAGCUGAACAAAAGCAGGUAGAUCUCUUACUACUUGGUGGUGAUCUUUUCCAUGAGAAUAAGCCUUCGCGAUCAACACUAGUGAAGGCCAUUGAGAUCCUAAGGCGCUAUUGCCUAAAUGACCGGCCAGUUCAGUUCCAGGUUGUUAGUGAUCAGACAGUGAACUUCCAGAACAUAUUUGGUCAUGUAAACUAUGAAGAUCCGCACUUCAAUAUUGGCUUGCCAGUUUUCACUAUCCAUGGGAAUCACGACGAUCCUGCUGGAGUGGAUAACCUUUCUGCUAUUGAUAUUCUCUCUGCAUGCAAUCUUGUUAAUUACUUUGGAAAGAUGGUCCUUGGGGGCUCUGGCGUUGGUCAAAUAACACUCUGUCCUAUACUUAUCAAAAAGGGUACAACUUCGGUGGCCUUGUAUGGCCUUGGAAACAUCAGAGAUGAACGACUUAAUAGAAUGUUUCAGACACCUCAUGCAGUGCAAUGGAUGCGACCUGAACCCCAAGAUGGAGUCCCGGUGUCUGCUUGGUUCAAUAUUUUGGUUCUUCAUCAGAACAGAAUCAAGACAAACCCCAAGAAUGCAAUAAAUGAGCAUUUCUUACCACGGUUUUUGGACUUUGUGGUAUGGGGACAUGAACAUGAAUGCCUAGUUGAUCCACAGUUUCUGCAGGAAGUUCCUGGAAUGGGAUUUCAUAUUACCCAGCCGGGUUCAUCAGUUGCCACAUCACUGAUUGACGGGGAAGCAAAACCUAAGCAUGUGCUUCUCUUGGAAAUUAAGGGAACUGAAUAUCGGCCAACUAAAAUACCUUUGAAGUCAGUCAGACCAUUUGAGUAUGCUGAGGUUGUGUUGAAAGAUGAAGCUGAGGUUGACCCCAACAAUCAGAUGUCAGUUCUUGAAUAUCUGGAUAAAGUUGUGAGGAACUUGAUUGAGAGAAGUAGCAAAGUAACUGUCAACAAGUCAGAGCUCAAACUUCCUCUUGUUAGAAUCAAGGUUGAUUACUCUGGGUUUUCAACAAUAAACCCUCAAAGAUUUGGGCAGAAGUAUGUGGGAAAGGUUGCCAACCCACAGGACAUUCUAAUUUUCUCAAAAGCUGCAAAGAAACGGCAAUCUCUUCAAGAAAAUAUUGAUGAUUCUGAAAAACUUCGUCCAGAAGAAUUAAAUCAACAAAAUAUAGAGGCUCUGGUUGCUGAAAGUAACCUGAAAAUGGAGAUUCUUCCAGUUAACGAUUUGGACAUUGCUUUACAUGACUUCGUUAACAAAGAUGACAAAAUGGCAUUUUACUCCUGCUUGCAGCACAAUCUUGAGGAAACACGAAACAAAUUGACUGCUGAAGCAGAUAAUUUGAAGAUCGAAGAAGAUGACAUAAUACUUAAAGUGGGCAAGUGCAUGGAGGAACGUGUGAAAGAUAGGUCAAUGCGUUCCAAGGAAAGCAUAAGAUUCUCAUCAAGCUCACAGAACUUCCAGGAUAAUAGAGGUAAAGCUAUAACAGGUCCCAGUAGUCCACAUUUUAGUGAUGAAGAGGAUACAAGGCAUAUGCUCGUAACUUCAAAAUCCACUGGCCGAGGAAGAAAGGCUUCUGAUGUUAGCAGAAGUGGAGCCCCUAAGAGAGGCAGGGCAAGAGGCUCCAACAGCUUAAAGCAGAUGACUCUUGAUGCCACUAUGAGAGUCCGCCAUUCUGAAAGACCGGCAUCAGCUUCUGCAACGGCUGCUGUUCGAAGCAUUGUGGAUGAGGUGGACUCUUCAAGUGAAGAAACAGAGGCAUAUGAAAUAAAUGAAGUUGUUGAGAAUUCUGAACCUGAAGAAAGCUUCCAAGAGAAGGGGCGCAAAAGGGCUGCAUCUAGAGGCAGAGGCAGAGGCAGGGGCAGGGGAUCUGCAUCAUCCGCAAAGAGGGGAAGGAAGUCAGAUUUAUCUUCCAUUCAUAGCAUGCUUAUGAAUACAAAGGAUGAUGAUGACGAUGAUGAUGAGAUGUCUGACAAAUCAAAGAAAGCACAACCUCGUGUAACUAGGAACUAUGGGGCUAUUCGAAAGAGAUGAUUUUCGUAAUGGCGGAUAUGUUAUCUGAGGAACUUUUCAUCGUGAAAUCACUGUUGUAGAGUAGUCUUCGAACAUGCAGGUGUUUUCAGAGUCACAACAAGUGCUGUAUAUUCAUUAAAAUGUUCCAAUCUGCUCCUCUUAGCUUCUCUAGUUUUGGUGAUCGAUGUGUUCUUUAUUGGAAUACUAUGGUAUACUUCAGCACUGUUUAAUGGGCUUGCUUACAUGAAACAGUGAUUUUCUCAAUUAGAGUAUGCACGAUAUGUUGAUUGGCUU